AUGACAUUUGAUACUCAACCCAAAACACUGGUGAUUAUACAUGAAGAUGUGCUAGUUCACAAGCCAUCAAUUGUAUCGUUAUCCAUACUGGCAGAGUAUGAUCUGCCUGAUACACUCUCGGCUUUGGUGAUCAUGACCAACGAGCGACCACCAGAGAUGCUACGUCCAAAACCUCGUAAUGUACAUACAGUCACUUCUCCAACCAUUACUAAAUCUCAUCGAAUAUAUUUCCAAAAGAUGGACGAAAGCGAAGAGGACAUGGCAUCUCUCUUUACAGCUAAUUUUGCUAUGCGACCUCCGACUGAUAUGCUGGUAAUACUUGCCAAAUCAAAAUCUGCCAUGUAUUUUCGUCGACCAGAUACGGUUGAUAGUGUCCGUUUGUGUUUUGUGAAUAAAGGCUCUGUGGGACUGGAUAAACUGGCUACUCUCGUUAGGCUAAAGUCUAAAUUUGCACACGUCAAAGAAGCUGCAAUCGAAGUUGGUAAUGGAUCGAGUGAUGGUGUCAUGCCAAAAUUUGUUCCGACUCCAUCAUGCCAGUUGGACAGAUCCACAUUCAAUACAUCAUCUCCAAUAUCUUGUGCAAAACAAGAUUUCAACUCGAUUCUAGCUGAACCAUCUACUGCUAAUGGAUCAAGAUCUGUUCGCAAGAGCGCUUCUUGUACUGCUUUAAGCACUCGACAGAAUAUUACAUUCCCUACCACGAUAGGCAACUACAAUCACGAUCUAUCCAACUUGCAUCCAUUAGCCAAGAAAUGCUAUGAUAAUCCGUUCUCGAACGUGACGGAUUUGCAUGGAAUUGAUUCGCCUCGAGACUUUUUGCAUGACAAUCCUAUUAAACUACGAUCGGGUCGAUACAGCGACAUUUCAACUGAAUUAUGGGAGGAUACAUGUCUGCCAUCGACCAAAAUAGGUUCUGUGACUCCACCCGCAUCACCCACAUCUUCUUUACCCUCCAUUCAACAAAUGAGUCACACCCAAUCCAAACCAGGGAAACUUGAGUUGAUAAAAGAAGAAUCUGUUUCUCAGUCGUGGUAUGGAUGGAGAUCGACUACAUCACUUUUAUCAGGAAUCCAAACACAUGUAAUGGAAAGUUUAUCACUUUUGGAUCACGAUCCUUUACUGGUAUCUGUUGUUGGCAGAAAAGCCAUUACUCGAGUCAGAUCAAACAAGUCAUUGCGAUUACAGACGGAUACCUCAAUAUCCAAUCCAUCUCAAACCUUGCGUCGUACUCGGUCUUCGAUCCAAGUCUUGUCAGUAUAA